UCGAAUAUUGACCAUGAUGGUGAAUGUCUUGUUUCAAGUUUUCGGGAUUCUCCUUUGCACUUCUUGCUUAGUGGAAGGGGUUUCUUACGCUGAUGAAGUAAGGAAUCUUUUUGAGAGACAUUUCACCAACAAAGAUAAUGAAUGUUGGAGCACCACAGGGGCAGAUGAAAAUACGAAUGACAAGGGUAUGGCAAUUGCUCUUGUCAACGUGUACACACAAAACUGUAUCAACUACAAUAAUAACCCCGACAACAGGCAAUUCUAUUGGCAACUGAAUGCAAAACUUCGAGAUCAAACAAAUGAACAAAUUUGGCGGGACACAGAAAAAUUGCUCAAUAAAGCGUUGGAAAUGUUAGGCGCCAAAACAUGGGAUCUUGUUUUCAGGGCGUCUCAUUGUACCGAUAUAAAAAAGGGAUACAUCUUAAAAAAUUAUGACUUUUGGAGUACAUCACUGAAUGCAAGCGCGUCGGCAAAUUUCCUGGAUGAAAACAAAAUAUUUUUCAAAAUUGUUACUUCUCCAGGAGGCACAGAAAUAAGCGAGUAUUCCAACUUCACUGAUGAGAAAGAAGUUUUACUGCAAUCGAAUAGUGAAUUAUAUGUUCAAGAAUAUAUUACGGAUGAGCAGGGAAUAGAUGCCAAGAAAAAAAAAGUAGGACUACCAAAGUCCAAAAAAAUGAAGGCGUUUGCAGUCGUGACAGGCAACAUUCCAGCAAGAGCUUCCAGGUCGGGUCUCAGGUCAGGCUUUUGUGGUAUUGUGCGUGGCUCGACCGCUGAUGCUUCACCAUCGAAAUCAGGCUGUUGCACCAUCCUUUAGACUGGAUUGGUAAAUGAAAACAAAGAAACUGUGUAAAUACAAAAUAUUACUUUAACAAUUUACCAUUUUAGAAAUGACCUAUGUUAAAUGUGUGGUACAAAACUGAACAAAAAACAUAUAUUCAUGCUUGUGUAUAUUUAUCAAGUUAUCAUAAUGCUUUUAAAAGCUUUGAAUGUCUUUAAAUUGUUGAUAUUUUAUAUACUGCUUGUUGUUUACUUAAUUGUUUUCAAGUUUACGCUGGCCCUGAUGUGGCUUUUAUUUCCAAUUGUAUUGAUAAAUGUUGGGAUAAGUGUGAGGUAAUGAUCAUAUCAACUAGUUUAAGGCCAAGUAGACUCGAGUUUAAGUGAAAUCGAGUUUCACAAGUCACAAGUAAAGUAAAGCUAUGUUGAUGCAUGUGUGGUCUGUUUGUGGUGCUUGUACGUGUGGAUGUGGUGUCUGUAAGUUUGCGUACCUAGUAAUAUUUGAAUUCCUGACUACUGGGCGUGUCCCUAUAAUUUUCGUAGUAUUACUUUCUUUUUUUUUUCGAAGUGACACUGAACGAGAAACACUAAACGAAGAAACGCUGCAAACCGAUUGCACAUGCGUCCGAAUAGUUUUAUCAAUAAAUGAAGGGAUUUCCGUCUAAUAGACGAAUUCGCUCGAACGAGUUCACUUAAAUAAGUAUUCAGAUAGAACUUGGAUGCCAUGCAUUUAUGCUUUCAUUCGCAAACAAGUUUCGUACAUACAAAUGUAAAUAACACGACAAAGCUGUUAUUAAAUCAGACAACACGUAUUUUGCACGGUCUAUUUCAAACGUUACGUAUUGUAUACAGUGAAGAUUGUUUUGUAAAAUGUGAAAUAUACUAAAGGCAUAAUGAAAGUUUAUUUCUUUACAAAAUGCAUUUGUUUCUCAAUCAAAUGAAAUAAUUAUAAUAUUUUCAGCUGUGUAAGUAAUGUAUUUAUUUAUCAUAGUGCUAUGCAUAAUUGCUUGUAUUGAUUGUAAUAAAAAGUUUUACUCGGUU